AUGUCUCUACUACGCACACCUCAAACCCUCAAACACCUCUCUCCCACCCUCCCUCGCCUCUCCGCCACAAAACGCACAUACUACAGCUACGAAACACCCCUCCCACCACCCUACCCACCAACCGAAACCUCCAUCCUCUCCUCCGCACUCACCCACGUGCCCACAACCGGCUGGACGCAACUCUCCCUCCGCAAUGGCGCCCGCGACGCAGGAUACCUAGACGUCACCACAAACCUAUUCCCCAAAGCCGAGUUUGAACUGGUGCUGUACCAUCUACGGACGCAACGAUUGGGUCUGAAGGAUCGAGUGCAGUUCCCCGAGGAAGCAGCAAUAGGGCAGACGAGGAAGGUGAAGAGCUUGGUCAUGGAGAGGAUCAGAGGGAAUGUCGAGGUUGAUGUGCAGAGUAGAUGGCAAGAAGCACUAGCCCUCAUGUCCCUCGCCGGCAACAUCCCCUCCUCCCUCCGCGAACUCUUCCUCCUCGCCGACGAAAUCUGGUUCCUCGCUGGCGACGACGCGGUAGACACUUCCUGGUACACCAAACGCGCUACCCUCUCCUCCAUCUACGCAGCCACAGAAACAUACUCCACCACAGACCAAAGCACAGAUUUCAAAGACACACAAGAGUUUUUGGAGAGAAGGUUGGAAGAGGCGAGAGUUGUGGGUGGUGCUUGGAGGAACGUGAGUGAGUGGAUGGGCUUCCAGAGGAUGGCUACGGUCAAUAUGGCGAGGAAUUGGGGGGCGAGGAUAUGA